AUGCUCUAUUCAGCUUUGCACCGUUGGUCGAUAACGACGUCACGGAAUGACAGUGAGGAUGACAGUGAUACUGAAAUAUCAAAAUACAUGAUGCCUGAACUUUAUGCAAACUCCAUCAGAAAAUGUAACAAUGUUUAUAAGAAUCCGUCAGCAAUCAUCUGCUACUUAACGGACGGUAGUGAACAAUAUACGACAAUGGCAAUAAGCGCAAUCAACUCGUUGUUGAAGGUGACACCGCGUAUAAUGAUCGGUCUCCUGGUGAUGGAAGAUGAUAUGAAAAUGUUGAUGAUGAAUAAUAUCGAUCAAAAGUAUCAUUAUCGAAUCAUAUGUAAACAAACGUCUAAAUCGCCGCUCAUCAAAGACUGGAAUCCAACGCAAUAUAAACUUGAUAUUAUCAAGUUUUCACAUGAUGGCUUUCAAGAGGUGUACUGGAUGGAUUCGGACACAAUUGUCUACAAAGAUAUGACAUCAAGCUUGUACGCUUUUCGCUUGUUUACUCAAGUGUUCUAUUUCAUUCUCGAUCAUGUCAUGUACCACAAUUGUUUCAUGAGAAAAUGGCGUGAACAACAUCGGGACACAAUCUUACAACUAUAG